CGUGAAAGCGAGACGGACGCCCUCCGUCCCGUUAUAUGCUGUGUCUGUCUGUCUGUGUGUUGAGAGUUCUACGUCGCGCACUCCAAAAAAAUACAAAACAACAAAAAAAAAUAACACAAAAAUAUUAGCACUCACACACACUGGCACACACACACACAAGCAUACCUUAAUACAUAUAUAGUUGAAAAAAAUAAAUCAAAUAAAAAACAAGUGCAAGAAAAGAGAAAAGCGCCCAAUGCGGCCAAUGGAAAUGCCAAAGAAAAUGCAGCAGCUACAAAUUCGACAACAAAUGCAAAUUCUACAACAACAACAGCAGAAGAAGCAGCAGCAACAACAUCAACUGCAGUUUCCCAACACAUAAGUCCACCGAAUUUUCCGUCUUUGUCGCGCGCGCUCACACACAUACACACUCAACUUGCAUACACACACACACGGAGACACAUGCAUGUGCAUAAAUGGCAAUAUGGACGAACAGCAGCAGCAUUUGCGUUGUAUACCAACACAGUGACACGCGCGUGCCAAAUAUUGCCGAUUUUAUCACACAAGCAACAACAACAUCAGCGGGACCAGCUAUUAACUAAAGGAGCCAUUACAACAACAAUAACGGGAUCCAGCAAAGCAACAGCAACAGCAAGUACAACGAGAGCAACGAACAUUGCUGGAAGGCGUCGCAAAAUAUCAAAAUGUCAAUUCAGAAGCUAAACGACACCACCAACUCGGGCUACGUGAGUUCCGAGGAGACGGACUCGCUGCUGGUGAGCAGCUCGAAUCCAUCGAAGGGCGGCGGUCGGACGGCUCUGCUCCGCCAGGUGAAGAGUAGCUCCACAAAUGGGCCAACGACGGGGGCGUCCACCUCAUCCUCGGGAUCGGUAUCGGUGUCGGUAUCGGGCGGGGGCGGUGGAUCCGGUUCCGGUUCCGGUGGCGGCUCAGCAUCAGGCUCAGCAGCCGGGGCUUCCAAGCCAACGCUAAUGCGUCAGGAUCGCACUUCCACCUACCUGACCAGUCCGCAGCAGUCGCAGCAUGCGAGGAUGGGCUCCGAGGAGAGUAUGCGCGGUGGCAGCGCUGCCGCCGGCCAUGACGAGGAUGUGGAACAGGGCCUGGUCCGCAGCAGCAUAGUGCCUGAUAUCGAAGUACACGAAGAGGACCAAGAACAACACAGCCAACAGGCAACGAUGACCAAUAAUCAAUUGCAACAGCAGCAGCAGCAGCAGCAGCAGCAGCAGCAACAGCAACCGACCAUAUCAAUUAUGAAUUUAAGCCUCAAGCCCGGCGAUAGCCACAGUCACAGCCAUAGCCACAGCUCCAGUCCGGGCAGUCAUCCCAAUUUGGGCACCUCAUCAUAUCAGAAUCUGGCCUCGAGCAUACCGCCCAGCGUGCCCAGUCGCUGCCGGGCGUGCCGCAAUUGCAGCCGACGUGCUUCCACCACGCCCACCACGCUGAUCGAUCGCUCCGCCUCCCGCGACAGUGUGAAAAGUGCCUUCCAGCAGGGCAAUCUCAGCGGCUCCAUGGCCAUUUGCAUAUCAAACUCGGCCCUGCCCCAGCAGCAGCAGCAGCAGCAGCAACAGUAUCACCUGCAACAGCAACAGCACUACCAGUUGCAGCAACACCAUCUGCAUCAGCAGCAUCUGCAGCAGCAACAGCAGCAGCAGCAGGUGCCGCCCGUGCUAAUCACAUCAUCGCCAACGAACGGAUCACGGAUAAUACGGCAAAGCUCGCAGCCGGAAUCGAGCAGUACGGCCAUUUGCUGUGGCCCCCAUUCCGCCUGCGUCGGCCACGCCCACUCGCACUCGCACACGGUGCCGAAUGUCUCGCUGAAGCAACUGCGCGAGAGCUCCGGCGAUGGAAUCGCCGGCAUUGCAGCCGACUCCCUGCGGAUCAAUGGGGGCAUGCGGCCCUUCAAGCAGCUCCGCAAACCGGCGUCGACACUCUCAAUUCCUGGCUCGAUGAAAACACCUUCCAUUGCGAACCGGGAACAGAUCUCAUCUGGAUGCAACGAAGAAGCGGCCGAGGCACUAGUGGGUAUCCACUCAGACUACCCUAGGUAUGAAAUGUAUAUGGAAGAACGUGCUCUUACUGGCGGCAAUACGUCCAGGAAGCCAUCAACAAACUCGGCCAAACACAAACCCAAUGUGGGCUAUCGCCUGGGAAAGAGGAAAGCCCUCUUCGAGAAGCGCAAACGGAUCAGCGAUUACGCCCUGGUCAUGGGCAUGUUCGGGAUCAUCGUGAUGGUUAUCGAAAACGAACUGAGCAGUGCCGGUGUCUACACAAAGGCAUCGUUCUACUCGACAGCGUUAAAAACCUUAAUAUCUGUUUCGACUGUGAUUCUUUUAGGACUUAUAGUAGCUUACCAUGCUUUGGAAGUGCAGGUGAGAUUAUUCAUGAUAGAUAACUGCGCCGACGAUUGGAGGAUCGCAAUGACAUGGCAACGAAUUAGUCAAAUAGGGUUAGAACUUUUUAUAUGCGCUAUACAUCCAAUUCCUGGCGAAUACUAUUUCCAGUGGACGACGAAAUUGGCCAAUAAGAAUAAAACAAUUGGCACCGAAAUGGUGCCAUAUGACGUAGCUUUAUCAUUACCUAUGUUCCUUCGAUUAUAUUUAAUCUGCCGCGUAAUGCUGCUGCAUUCAAAGCUAUUCACAGAUGCAUCAUCACGGAGCAUUGGCGCUCUCAAUAGGAUUAAUUUUAACACAAGAUUCGUUUUAAAAACUCUAAUGACAAUAUGCCCGGGAACGGUUCUAUUGGUCUUCAUGGUCUCGCUGUGGAUCAUCGCAUCCUGGACGCUGCGUCAAUGCGAAAGAUUUCAUGAUGAAGAACAUGCGAAUCUUUUGAAUGCAAUGUGGCUGAUAGCGAUAACAUUUUUGAGUGUUGGUUUCGGUGAUAUUGUUCCGAAUACGUACUGUGGACGUGGUAUCGCUGUCAGUACAGGAAUAAUGGGCGCCGGCUGUACGGCUCUACUGGUGGCCGUUGUCUCCCGGAAACUGGAGCUGACCCGUGCCGAGAAGCAUGUGCACAACUUCAUGAUGGACACGCAGUUGACCAAACGGCUGAAAAAUGCUGCGGCGAAUGUUCUGCGUGAAACUUGGCUCAUUUACAAACAUACAAGACUAGUAAAACGGGUUAAUCCCGGCCGUGUAAGAACCCACCAAAGAAAGUUCCUUCUAGCUAUAUAUGCGUUGCGAAAAGUUAAAAUGGAUCAGCGCAAACUAAUGGAUAAUGCAAACACAAUAACUGACAUGGCCAAGACACAAAACACGGUCUACGAGAUAAUAUCGGACAUGUCUAGCCGUCAGGAUGCCAUCGAAGAGCGUCUAACCAACCUAGAGGACAAAAUGCAGAGCAUACAAGAGCACAUGGAAAGCCUUCCAGACCUAUUGUCUCGAUGUCUGACCCAGCACCAGGAGCGGAUCGAGCAGCGGCGGAACUUUUUACAUCCUGACACAGCUGCAGUUGCACCCAUUCAAGCGCCAACGCCCCAAUCGAUGUUCAAUGCAGCGCCCAUGCUGUUCCCCCAUUCUAGAAGUGUUCCCUCAUCCAAUAACGCCGCUGCUACUUACCAUUGGCCAACAAGCCCUAUUUUGCCACCUAUAUCUAGUAGAACACCACAUUUAGUGCCUGAUACUCACAUGCCAUCAAAUGGAUCUGCAGUUAAUAGCUACGCAUCUUCCAACAAAUACGGCAGCUGAAUAUCAGAAAGAGAGCGCU